AUCAGCAGGAAGGAUUUCUGCUCAGGCCUCUUGCAGGGGCAGCCAGGCAGGACCCAUGGGUGGAUGCAUUCAUUCCAGCUGCUCUCUCUCCUGGCUGCCACAGCAGAUUUGCCUUUGAGCAGGAGGGAACCGGAGCUGAACCCCCGCCUGUGUGUGAAAACACUCUGCAAACAUGGCCGGCAAGAUCCAGAGUCUGACCGAGGAGGAGAGGAACCACAUUCUCCCCCUGCUACGCAACGCUCAGUGGGUGGAGGCUGUGGGACGGGACGCCAUUUACAAAGAGUUUGUUUUCAAAGAUUUCAACCAGGCUUUCGGCUUCAUGUCCCGAGUGGCUUUACAAGCAGAGAAGAUGGAUCACCAUCCGGAGUGGUUCAACGUUUACAACAAGGUCCAGAUCACUCUCAGCACUCAUGACUGUGGAGGACUGUCUCAGCGGGACAUCACCCUGGCCACGUUCAUCGACCAGGCGUCUCUCGUGUGAGCCCGGCUGGCUCGUCGUCAAAACAGAUUUGUGGAUGUGAUCUGCCCAAUCCAACCUGCGAGGAGCACUGUGCUUCAUUUGACAGCCCAUUAUGAAUUUGUAAAGGACCCUCCGUAUGCUUUUAAAAUGUGCUGUGCUGCUUUUGUACAUGGUGAAAAAUGAGAUUAUUCACUUCAGACUGUUUGCAAAUUGAGACCAAAAUAAGUUAAUUUCUCUUAAAACCUCUCCCACUCAGUGUCGAAUGUGCCAAAUGUUUUGUUUUUGUACUGAAAAAUGUUUAAUAUUUCUCCUUCAGCAUGAUCUUGUGACUAAAAGACAACUGAGAACCGGU